GAAGACUUUCCUGGGUGACCAAAUCCAGAUGCCCAUCUUGCACCAGGGGAAUGAACCAAAGUUUUACAAUCAACUUGAGAUUAACCUUAGCGACUACUCGAAAAUAGAGCCGCUGACCUGUGAGGCAACAAACUCUGUAUCUCACGCCACUCUCACCACCACUAUGAACCUCACUGUCAUUGACCCCAUCGCAGUGCGCCCUGCCUCUCAGGCCCAACCAGUGGCAGGCGAGUCUUUCUCUCUGCAGUGUGCUGGCUCUCAGAACCCAGCCUCCAUCACAUGGCUGAAGAACAAACACCCAGUGCUAGCAUCUGAAAGAGUGCGGUUCUCCCCUGACAACACCACGAUGAGCUUCAGUCCUCUCCUGCAGACAGAUGAUGGUUUAUACCAGUGUGUGGUGGCAGAGGGGGAGCUCCCCAUCCAGUCUGUCAGCUACAAGAUGCAAGUAAACUAUGGGCCGUCUUCAGUGGUGAUCAGUGAGGUCGACAUAGUGACAGUGGGAAAACUGUAUGUUUUCCAGUGCUCAGCCAGCUGCUACCCGACCUGUAAGUUCACCUGGACCUGUGGUAAUGUGACCUCUUGGGGUCCGGAGCUGAGUUUGCAGGUUGGGGAACUACACCCGACACAAAACCUGACCUGCACAGCAGUUAAUCCUGCUACAGGAAUGUCAGUCACCGCCCAGAAGACGCUGCAAGUGACAGCUGGACCAUCAAACGUACAGAUCAGCGGUCCAGCCUUUAUGACUGCAGGGGUUGCGUCCAACUUUACCUGCUCUGCUGACUGCUACCCCUCCUGCAGCUACACCUGGACUGUUGCCUCUGGAGAAGAGAACCUCAGUACCGCAAAGGGCAACACAAUUUCUGUCACUCCACCUCCAGGCACCGUCAUCUCUGAAACGCUCGUCUGUAAAGCUGAGGACACCGUCACACUUCUCUCGUCCUCUUCGAGUCUGCACCUCUGGGUGGCAAGCUUAUCUAACGUUACCAUCACUGGUGACAGCACAGUGUCGAUUGGAAAACAGUACACAUUCAUAUGCUCGGCCACAUGCAUCCCAUCCUGCACCUUUACGCUGACAUACAUGGGGAAGACUUAUGAGAGAAGUGAGCUGCAGAUCAUCGCUAGUGACUUCUCUAUAACUGAACCUCUGACGUGUGUGGUCACAAACACAGUAUCUAACGCCACUCUCACCACCACUAAGAACCUCACCGUCAUUGACCCGUUUUCAGUGCGUCCCACCUCUCAGGGUCUACCGGUUGCAGGCGAGUCUUUCUCUCUGCAGUGUGCUGGCUCUCAGAACCCAGCCUCCAUCACAUGGCUGAAGAACAAACACCCAGUGCUAGCAUCUGAAAGAGUGCGGUUCUCCCCUGACAACACCACGAUGAGCUUCAGUCCUCUCCUGCGAGCUGAUGGAGGUUUAUACCAAUGUUUGGUACUAGAGGAUGGAAACCACGACCACAACAACAAGAGUCGACAAGAGUCUAGAACCCCCAUCCUGUCUGUUGGCUACCUGAUGCAUGUAAACUAUGGGCCAGACGAGGUGCAGAUUGUGAAACGCAGCAAAGGGCCAGUGGGUGAGGAGAUGGUCGUCCUGACCGGGUCCACAACAGAGCUGCAGUGUUUGACUGACUGCUUCCCCGUCUGCUCCAUCACCUGGUUUUACCACGACAAAUUUCUGUCCACAAAUGCCUCCAUACUCUUCACACCUGUAACACCUCCAUACAAGGCUGCUCUCACCUGUGUGGCGUUCAACUCUGUGACAAAGGAAAACAGAACCGCUGAGACUGUCGUGGUGGUGCCUGAGGGACCAAAGAAUGUGGUGAUUUCAGGACCAGACUCUCUUGAAAUUGGGGUCCCGGCGAGCUUUACAUGCUCAGCUGAGUGCACUCCUUCCUGCAGCUUCACGUGGACCGUGUACGGGAAGAACGUGACGGGCAGUGUCAUCGACAUCUCUGUGAACCGCCACGUUUCCGAGGAGUCCAUCAGCUGCCGGGCUGAGAACACGUUCACCGGGAAGACGGCGAUGAUCAGCGAGACGCUCGGUGUCUCAGAUCCUCACUGGUGUGGAUGUUGAGACGCUGGAGGGAAACGACAUUCUCCUAACAGUCCGGUUAUCUUCUUAUUAAUGACACUUACUAUACAUAUAUGACUAUUUACUCAAGCACUGUGUACUCUCACUGUGAUGGCCUAAGCAGGGCGUUUCCCUGCACAAUGCAUGCUGGGACAGGUUCCAACCUCUUUGUGACCCUGAAUAAGAUUAGACGGCACAGACAAAGGACGUAUGGAUCGUGUGUUUGAGUAAUAGGUCACUGGUUUAAUAACACAAAGCUAAUCUGGUUUUCUCCCAUGAUGUAUGACCAUUUCUCUUGCCAAACAAUAUGCACUAUUAUACUUAAUAAACAAUGAAGUACUGGACUUUGACUGAUUACCCAGCAUUAAUUAAUCAUUCAUGUGACACAUCUGAGAUUAAGUAAUGUUGAAUUCAAAACAUUUGUAGUUACUGACUCAACAGGCCGCACACCAAUUACAAAAUACUUGUUUAUUUCUAGUUCAGUUUUCCAUCAGUUCUAUCUCAAACUGAGCCUCUGUCACUCAGAGUUUUCUAUACUUCAAGCAGGUUUUAGUCGAUGCAAUGUCAGGUGUUUUUUUUUUUUUUGUUUGUUUUUUGGCAGGGUUAGAGAGGAACAUUCACACCGCGUAGAGUACUCACAGAGACCAAUCCAGAC